AAGAGUUGUGGAAGUGUUUGGGGUGCACAUUGCACAUGUAUGGCUGGCUUAGGUGAAUGUUGUUCGCAUGUUGGAGCACUACUUUUUUAUUUACAAUUUGUUUACCUAAAGAAAUCUGAAAAUGGCAAGUCAGUGACAGAUGUUUCAGCUUACUGGGUAAUUCCAUCCAAUCAACAUGCAGAUCCCAAAAGAAUAAGCGAAAUUAACUUUGACCAUCCCAAAUCUAUGCUUCCCCAAAACCCAAAGCGGAAUACUAAGUCUAAGUCUGAUUUUACCAAAAAAUUGAAAACAACUUUAAAUGAUCCACAGGAAUUUAAAAACUUUCUUUCAAACCUUGAAAAAGCUAAUAGUAAUGCUGCUAUACUAAGAGUUGUAGAACCAUACAACUUAAAAUUUGUUAAUAAUGAGUUUCCAAAAAGCCUUGCAAAUCUUUAUAAAGAUGAGUAUUCCAUACUAAACCUAGAAGAAUUAAAAUGUGUAGGUUUAGAACUGGACUUUUCAUUAACUUCAGAAGACUGUUCUUCAAUAGAAAACUCUACAAAAAUGCAGUCUAAAACCGAAAAUUGGUUUUUAUACAGGAGUGGUCGUAUAACUGCAUCUAGGGCUAAAGACGUAUGUUCAGUAAAAUCAACCUGUUCAAAUAAAUCCCUCCUUAAAUCAAUAUGUUAUCCAUUAAAGAACAUAUUUAAAAGUAUCGCUACUGAAUGGGGGAUUAAUCAUGAAGAAGAUGCAAAAGCUUUAUACAUGGAAAAAAAUAAAAAUCACCAUAUAAAUUUUUCUAUGGAUAACUCAGGCUUAGUUAUAAAUCCAAGUUUGCCAUAUCUUGGAGCCAGCCCCGACGGAAUAAUAAAUUGUGAUUGCUGUGGGAAAGGGUGUUUAGAAAUAAAGUGUCCACAUUCCCUAAGUCAAGGUGGUGAAAUAAGAAGCAUGUCUUAUUUAAUUAAUGGUCAUCUAAGUAAAAAACAUCAAUACUACCAUCAGCUUCAAACUCAAAUGCUAUUGUGUGGCACUCAGUAUGGUGAUUUUGUUGUUUGGUCACCUAUUGAAUGUUAUAUAGAACGUAUCAACAUUGACCCUGACAUACAAGAUGAAAUAUUAAAUAAAUCUAAAUGGUUCUUUUAUGAAUCCAUUCUUCCAGAAUUAUUAGGAAGAUAUUUUUCAAACACUGAAAUAAAACCUACAGAAACACACAGUGAUACACUUACAUAUGAAUAUUGUGUCUGUAAAAAAAAUACAGGAGGUAAAAUGAUAAUGUGUACAAAAGAAGGGUGUCCAAAUCUUUGGUACCAUUACAAUUGUUUAGGAAUAAAACGUAAGCCUUCAACAAAAACUUGGAAAUGUGCACAGUGUCAGUAA